AUGAGGGUAGUAGAAGGUUUCAAAUCGUACGCUGUGCGUACGGAUCUUAUAUACAAGCGCGGGCAGGCUGGAGUGACAAAAGCUAGUGUGACGAUCGUUUUCGACAAUCGAGACAAGAAGAAAUCACCCAUUGGGUUUGAGGAAUAUGCUCAGAUCAGUGUUACUCGACAAAUUGUCCUUGGGGGUACUAGCAAAUAUCUUAUAAAUGGACAUCGAGCACAGCAGCAAACGGUGCAAAACCUUUUCCAAUCUGUUCAGCUCAAUAUCAACAAUCCGAAUUUCUUGAUUAUGCAAGGACGAAUUACAAAAGUGUUGAACAUGAAGGCGGUUGAAAUUCUUGCCAUGAUUGAGGAGGCGGCUGGGACACGAAUGUUUGAGGAUAGGAGAGAUAAAGCUUUCAAAACUAUGGCUAAGAAGGAAAUGAAAGUACAAGAGAUUACCGAGUUAUUGAAAGAGGAGAUCGAGCCAAAGCUGGAAAAGCUGCGGACAGAGAAACGGGCAUUCCUAGAUUUCCAACAGACACAGAACGAUUUGGAGAGGCUUACACGGGUAGUAGUCGCACAUGACUACCUGAAGAAUCAAGAAAAGGUUGCACAAUCAGCCAAUGAUCUCGAGCUUAAGAAACAACGGGCGAUAGACUUGGAGGAAUCGGCGAAUCGAUUGAAAAGCGAAAUAUCAUUUUUGGAAGAAGAUAUCAAACGGGUGAAGACGCAGAGGGAAAAGGAACUAAAGAAGGGCGGAAAAGCGCAAGCUUUAGAGGAGGAGGUUAAGAAAUAUUCCCAUGAAUUGGUCCGGCUUGCAACAGUAAUGGAUCUCAAGAAAUCGAGCAUGACAGAAGAGCAGGAACGAAAGUUGGCAACUCAAAAGACGGUCUCGGAGAUGGAAUCUCUACUCAAACAGAAGACCAAAGUUUACGAAAAACUCCAAUCCCAAUACGACAAAGCCAAGGAAGAUCUAGAGAAACAAAAUUCAGAAGCGGAGACGAAAGAGGAGCUUUUACAGAAUUUACAAACUGGUGUUGCGUCCAAGGAAGGCCAAGAGAGUGGAUAUCAAGGGCAAUUACAAGAUGCAAGAAAUAGAUUGAGUGCUACAUCUACCGAGCAAGAGCAAGCCAAAUUGAAGAUCAAUCAUCUUGAGAAGCGAAUCAAGGAAGAAGAGCCAAGGGCCAAAAAGGCUAAAGAGCAAAAUGCUGGACUACUGAGUGACCUCGAGGGAUUGCGGUCCCAAGCGCAGAAGCUCGAAAAAGAGCUUCAAAAAUUGGGCUUCGAAGCAGGCAAAGAGGAUGACAUGUACAAGCAAGAAUCGACAAUUCAACAAAAUAUCCGGAGAAUCCGAGAACAGUCCGAUGGCUUGAAACGUAAAGUGGCAAAUGUGGAUUUCAAUUACGCAGACCCUACGCCAAAUUUUGACAGGUCGAAAGUCAAGGGUCUGGUGGCUCAACUGUUUACAAUCGAUAAGAACCACACAGCUGCGGGAACGGCUCUCGAAAUCUGUGCUGGUAGUCGAUUAUACAAUGUUGUUGUUGACACAGAAGUAACCGGUACCCAAUUACUCCAAAAUGGAAAAUUGAGGAAGCGAGUCACCAUCAUACCCUUGAACAAGAUUGCCGCCUUUCGAGCUUCAGCGGAGAAGAUUGGUGCUGCACAAAAAAUUGCUCCAGGCAAAGUUGAUCUCGCACUCUCUUUGGUGGGAUAUGAAGAAGAAGUUUCGACUGCUAUGGAUUACGUUUUCGGAAAUACCCUGAUUUGCGCAGAUGCCGCUACAGCCAAGCGUGUAACAUUUGAUCCUUCUGUUCGUAUGAAGAGUAUCACUUUGGAAGGUGACUCUUAUGAUCCUUCUGGUACAUUAUCAGGGGGUAGUUCUCCCAACUCAAGCGGUGUUCUAGUCACUAUGCAGAAGUUGAAUGAACUUAACAAGGAACUGAAGUCACAAGAGGCGGAGCUGGCAGACCUUCAGGCCACUAUUGCCAAAGAAAAGAAGAAAAUGGACCAAGCACGAAAGAUCAAACAAGAAUUAGAUCUUAAAUCUCACGAGGUCAAGCUCACAGAAGAGCAAAUCGGAGGUAAUUCUUCGUCAUCCAUUAUCCAGGAAAUCGAAAAUAUGAAGGCCAGCAUUUUCCAACUCAAGCAGGAUAUAGUGGAGGCAAAGAAGCGACAGGACGAAGCUAGUAAAGAUAUCAAACGUAUUGAGAAAGAUAUGAAAGAAUUUGACAAUAAUAAAGAUGGCAAGCUCGUUGAAUUGCAGAGCUCUCUUGAUUCCCUGAGAAAGGCACUUGCCAAAAGCUCGACGGCUGUCAAGGCACUACACAAAGAACUACAAAGUGCGCAGAUGGACUCGGAACAGGUUGGUGGUGAUCUUUCAAAUGCUCAAGAACAGCUUCAAGAAGUCGAGCAAACCUUAAAAGCCCAGGAAGAGGAGAUUGCAAGUCUAAUUUCCGAGCAAGCUCGGGUCAAGGAUUCGCAUGAUAUAUCACAGGCACAUCUCGAUGAUGAACGAGCUAAAUUGACAGGAUUCGAUGAUGAAUUGCAUUCUCUUGAGCAAGCAUCACGAUCAAAAGCUUCUCGCAUCACUGAAGAAGGUCUAGAAAUGCAAAAGCUAGGUCAUCAGAUUGAGAAAUUUCACAAGGAACAGCAAGCGGCCGUUCAAACAGUCUCGCAAAUGGAGAAAGAGCACGAAUGGAUUGCUGAUGAGAAAGACAACUUUGGUCGAAGUGGAACACCUUAUGAUUUCAAGGGUCAAAACAUUGCAGAAUGUAGAUCGACUUUGAGAAAUCUUACCGAGCGCUUCCAGGGAAUGAAGAAAAAGAUCAAUCCUAAGGUUAUGAACAUGAUUGAUAGUGUUGAGAAGAAGGAAGUAGCACUCAAGAAUAUGAUGAAAACUGUCAUCAGGGACAAGAAGAAGAUUGAGGAAACCAUCAGCAGUCUCGAUGAAUAUAAGAAGAAGGCUUUACAAGAGACAUGGCAAAAGGUUAACAAGAACUUCGGUCAAAUCUUUGCCGAAUUAUUGCCAGGUAGUUUUGCAAAGUUAGAUCCUCCUGAGGGAAAGACUAUAGCCGAUGGAUUAGAGGUUAAGGUGUCACUGGGCAAAGUGUGGAAACAGAGUUUGACAGAACUGAGUGGCGGGCAAAGAUCACUCAUUGCACUUUCACUCAUUAUGGCGCUAUUACAAUUCAACCCAGCACCGAUUUACAUUCUUGAUGAAGUGGAUGCCGCACUCGAUCUAUCACACACGCAAAAUAUUGGUCGUUUGAUCAAAACUCGUUUCCAUGGUAGUCAAUUUAUCGUUGUCAGUUUGAAAGAUGGCAUGUUUCAAAAUGCCAAUCGGAUCUUCCGAACUAGAUUUAGUGAGGGCACUUCGGUGGUACAAAGUUUGACGGCGGCAGAUUUCAAUUGA